AUGCGAACGGCUGCUUAUGAUGCACCGAUGAAGCCACACGACACACCACGCACACGCUUCCCCCGAACACACAACACGCAAGCACACGCUUCCCCCUCUUCCCUUUAUUCUGGCUCGACAAGGCCAAGGAAAGGACACACCCGUUGCAGGACUCUAACCACACCCGGUCACACGAAGAGGUGGUUUAAGAACAUCGAUUCGACGAGCGGCUCACCGGGGUGCCCAAUGGGGACGGGGUGGACAACAAGCGUACGGGUGCUUAGGGGGUGGCUACUUACUUGGUGUCUGGUGGUGUGUCUGAAGACAUCCUCCAUACAUGCCGCCGGGCCGGACGCCGAGCCGGACGAGGCCGACAACGUUGUCGUCCAUACGAUGGGGUUGGCCAACGACACCGUCGCGGGCACCCUUCCGCCCAUAACAAAGGACUCUUCUUGCUCUGACAUGCUCGCGUGGUUGCCUCCUCGAUCAAGCCCGGCGGUGGUGUUCCAAGUCGUGUCCGAACCUUACGCCAGCCUGGAAGAGAACUUUAUCUCGAACAUGGAGCUUCAUUCGACAUUCUCCCGAGAAAACCUGUACCUAGUGUGCCUCGACGAGGAAUCUGUGGCGAUUUUCGACGGCCUGGGGAUACGUUGUGUUCGGUAUGGCUGCUUGGGAUGCCCAGUGUCACGAGGCGAUAUAUGGGUGCUGAGGAUUGACGUCACCAUAUGUUUGUUGAACGCUGGCCAAGACGUAUUGAUGUCGGAUGCCGAUGCAAUUUGGCUCCGCGAUCCGACGGAUGACUUGGCUUCAGAUGCGUUUCUGGACAGCAACGUCGUUGCAUCGAGGGCCGUAAUGCCUUUCCCGUUGUAUCACAAGUGGGGAGCAACUAUCUGCAUGGGUUUUGCGUUCUUUCGGGCUGGUGGCAGCGCAAUGCAGGCGUUCAUGACGGUCGUGGAGGAAAUCGCGAAUGAGUUGGGAAACGACCAAAUCGCUGUGAACGAAGCGUUGAAUAAGCUCGAUGUCGUUUGGGAUCCAAUGAGUGACAUGAACUUCACGGAUAACACGCGACCAGGGACGGGCGUGAUUGAAAAUAUCACUGUUGAUGGGGGUUCAUUGAAAGUAACUCUGCUGCCGCAUAACAAGUACACACGAAGCUGCCGGCGGACACCAAUUUCAAACGACACGAUCGUGGCGCACUGUGUCAGUAGUGACAAAGGAGAGGGGAUGGCUACAUGGAUGAAGGAGGCACAUCUGUGGAACCUUCCCGACGAUAACGACAGCGGCAGAGAUUGA